GUAGCCACAGGCAGACGUCCAAGUUCGGUCUAAGUUUGACAGUGAUGGUGCAGAACUGGGUGACUGCUGUGGUGCUGUUGCUGGCAGUAGGUGAAGGAGUGCUAAGUAGCACCCUGCCACUAGCCAAUCAGGAGCCACAGCUCCGCUACCCCAGUCCCGCGCUGCUCAGGCAAGCCCCGGCGUGGACCUCCUAUAAUGAAGACACCGGCGCUCCCCUAGCUGACUACACUCCGUCAGACCUGCAGCGCAGCUCGUCAGGAUCCAGCUCAGACUCUCAUCCAGAAGACAGCAGCGACGACAGGCAGGAGGAGAUGGCAUUCCUGGACAGAUACCUUAACUCUAAACCCAGCCCCCUGCGGGAAAGCGAUUACGUGAACGUCCUCAACGCGCUAGCUGCGUCAGGCGAAGGCAGCGAUUCUCUUCAAGGUGCGGACGUUGCUUUAUACAAGCGGGCAGGAUCGCUCAGUGUGGGGGGCGCCGCCACCAACAGUCUUGUGGGGGCCAGCGCCCCCAGCAGGAGUUUGUUAAUGGGCAAAGGGCCCGGCAUGCGGGGCCAGGGGCGCGGGCUUUCUCUCUCCAUUGACGCCUCCAUGCAGGUGCUACGCCAAGCUCUGCUGUUCAAGAGCGCCCUGCUGCGGCAGCGCCAGCAGUUGUCCAGAGCGCGUCAGAACCAAGAGUUCCUUCAGACCAUCGGCAAGAGAAGCGUGCGCUCCCCUAAAAUUAACAUCUACUGAACUCCGAUCCGCGGAAACAUGCGUGCAAGAGGCGUUCGGUGCUGUGGUCUCAACAUGGACGCUCUGGGACGUCGUAAUCCCCAGCAGCCUCUGAACAGACUCCCCCAACCUUCCUCAAGUAACGUCGCGGGCCCUGGCGAGAUACCAGUUAUUAUGUCGGGCACGCAACCGCUCCAAAGGCAGCCAAAUUAUUUAUUUCGAGAUUUAUAGUAGAUUUUAAAAUCUCAGCGAAUUUCUCAGAGAGUAAAAUCAUAUAUAAAAAUAUAUUAGUUUGUUAAGGAAGCAAAUUAAAUUAAUGUCGUAAAUUCCUAGUGCUCAUGAUGCAGGAUUAUUAUCGAUCGGAAAAUAAUUUUUUAAAUAAAAUAUUCGAGUAUUUUGCAAUGGUAUUGAGAGCAUCCAGGCAUGACGAAGUUGCUGCAUCAGCCGGCGCUAAGCCUCUACGAUAUGAAAAAUUAAAACAGAAUCAGCAUAGCGUGCCCCUGAUCUCCUUCAUUUUUACUUUAAUUCAAAUGUUUCUUUAGUGCAUUUUUGUAGAAAAAUUCAGCCAUUAAUACCGUUUCUAUCAUUCCUGGUCUCAUCAAUGUAGUUAAUUCAGUUGAGAUAAUUUUGAUCUAGUUAAGUACCUACUUUGACUUUGUUGGUAUCACGUAUAAAGAGAAGUGUACACCAUUUUGUGAAUCAUUAAAGUACGCCAUUUUGUUCAACAACGUUCAAUAGCCGUGAACUAUCUACGUCUUUCUGAAAUAACUCUGUGGUAAGCUUUCUCUGCUUGUUACGCAUAGAAAACUUGCAUUGGUUUCUUAAUUCUUAUCAAACGGAGAGACAAAUGUAACCUUACUUCAGUGUCUAUAUGUAAGCUUGAUGCUCCUCUGUAGGCUCGAGUACGAAACCUUAACUCAAAACAAACACCAAUUGUCAACAUUUACUGAAGAGGAACCAACGUUGAUGUUAUCUCAUCAGCUAACACAAUUAUACUAUAUAUUACAAUCUAUGAUUUUAAACCUCAUAAAAACAUGCAUGCAAAUAAGCUAAAAAAAUCGAAAUGCAGCUAAAAAGUAACAAAAAUCAAACUAUAUAAAAUCAAUUUGUGAUGCUGGGUAUGAUUUGUUUCGCAAUUAGAAUUAAGUGGUUACUGUAUUCAUGGUCUGUAAUUUUGUCCAUUAUUGUUCAUGAAAUUUCGAGCUAGCUUAUAAUAUUAAAACUAUUUAGGCACAUUUUCGGAUAUAUGUACUGAUGAGGCAUAGUUGUUCGUUUUCGGAAAAAUGUUCUAAUUGGGUAGUUGCUGGUUUAAUCAGUUUUUAAUUUUUUAUUCAUUAUGGAACAAGCCUAUCGCAGAUCCGGCCUCGUAUCAUGGAAACUGGCCCAGUCAGUUGGUCCCAUGAGAUCAAGUCUAGUCUGAUGGUCCCAUAAGAACAAGUCUGGUCAGAUGAUCUUUUAAGAUUUGGUCUGGUCAGAUGGUCCCACUAGAUCAAGUCUAGUCAGAUAGUCCCUGGAGAUUCAGUCUAGGCAGAUGGUCCUAUAUGAGAUUCAGUCUAGUCAGAUGGUCCCUGGAGAUUCAGUCUAGUCAGAUGGUCCUAUGAGAUUCAGUCUAGUCAGAUGGUCCCAUAAGAUCAAGUCUCAAUCUCUAAUCAAAUCAGGUCCACGAGUAACGAACGUAGCAGUUUGAGUCUCCUACUAUUGAUUACUCCUAUGCACAUAUGUCACUAAUGCGCAGUGAACAAUUGGCCGAAUAAUUACGUUCAGCAGCAAUUCGUUACGCGUACAGUAGAACUUUGUAACCGCUCGCCGAAACGUUUCUGAGGAGCUUUCGGACCCUAUGCUCACCUUACAUCCUUCAGGACUGGAAUUAAUCAACCCAUUACCGCUCUAUUAAUAUAAUGGGCAGUACUCCUGUAACAAUAAACAUCCUAUGCUC